UCUCUCUCUCUCUCACUAACACAUACUGGCUUUAUAUCGCCGUGCCAGCCUUUCAGAGCGACGGAUAGCAAACAGCACUGUCUGCCGGGGAGAGAGAGAGAGAGAAAGUGAGAGAGAGAAAGAUUAUAUAACACCAGCUCUGGAAAAUGCUGGAGAGCCGAGGGGACCUUCGCCGGACAGCAAACGGGGAAAAACAGCGACCAUAGCGCCGUAAAGUGAUGGGAGAUCUCCCGACAAAGGGAUGCUGAGCGUGUGGAGCUUUUCCCCAGGGAUCAUCCUGGAGUCUGUGACCAUAGCCUUGGAUUUUAAGCCCCUCUCUGUCGUGACACAUCUAUUGUUCCUCUGCUGCUAUUGGACGAUGAAGUGCCUUGUCUUUCACAUCCCCAGAUGCAUCCCCAGGUCUUUCUGAGAUCAUGAAGUUGCUGGUAGGUUACCCAUCUUGUCCCUCCUAGUCCAGGAUAUGGCCUUCCACUGAGGACAGGGAGACGGUUGAACAGGAUGGCGACGCCUCACUACAGGCUGCAAUGCUUCUUGAAGCGAGCUCAGAUGCUGCUGCUGUGCUUGGGCAUUGCUUAUCUCAUGGCGGGCAGCAUCUUGCUCCUGCAGCGCUCCAGUGUCAGGGUGGCUCAGGCCAACCUCGCCGGACUGCCACCCCUGCUGGCCUUGGCCGCGCCCCCCACUGUCCUCAGGUCCUGGUUGGGCCCGGGCGUGAGGUCCCGCUCCAGAUGGGCCGCCGCCGCUGCGGUUCAGCCAGCAUCCGGAGGGGGAACCAAGGCGGGGCGGCAAUGGCCUGCUUCCGAAAGCCUGGGGGUACAACACUUGCACCGCCAGUGGUUUCACAAUCUGCUCCCAGAGAGCCCAGAGCAGAGAGCCCCCCUCCAAAGGAGCAGCAAACAUAAAGGAACGUACAUGGGCUGCUAUCUGCACAACGGCAGUGAUCGAGCGCUGGGAGGAACCGUGCUUUAUGACCUGCGUAAAAUGACCAGCUCUCUGUGUCAAGACACCUGCUCCGAAAGCGGGUACCAGUUUGCAGGUCUGGAGUUUGGAGCUGAAUGCCACUGCGGGAACCGAAUCAGUAGCACGCGGGCCCCGGAGGAAGACUGCGGCCUGGUGUGUCGGGGUGAGAGGGGGUCUCCCUGUGGAGGCGUGGGCCGACUCUCCAUUUACAAAGUGGAGGGGCAGCUGCCGGGUCACAGAAAAUUCAGAAAUGUUCACUACCGCGGCUGCUUCAAGUUGACAGAGAGCACCAUCAGAAGCUUCCCCAUCGAUUCCUUUCAGCCCAACCUCACCACGCAGGCCUGCAUUGAGACCUGCACAGACAAGGAGCUCCCGCUGGCCGUGUUCAGGAAGCCCCACUGCUUCUGUGCGUGGACGCCGUCUCUUUUUAGUCUCAACCAGCAGUCCGACAACCAGCAGUGUGUGCAGGACACUGGGCUAAAUCACACUGGCAACUCCACAGCCAUGGCGCCCACUGAGCGCGCCCACUAUCAGGUGUAUCACACACCUGUGCUUGACUCCAUGUGCAAAGAGAGGAUGUUUCUGCCACAGAGGUCCAGCUCCCUGGUGGCCCUUUCUAGUUUUCCCGGUGCGGGCAACACCUGGGUGCGACACCUGAUUGAGCUUGUGACUGGCUACUACACCGGCAGCUUCUAUUUUGACGGCACCCUCUACAACAGAGGUUUCAAAGGUGAGAAGGACUACUGGAAGAGCGGCCGCAGCAUCUGCGUGAAGACCCACGAGAGCGGUCAGAAGGAGAUUGAGAUUUUCGACUCUUCCAUCCUGCUGAUUCGAAACCCGUACCGCUCUCUUGUGGCGGAGUUUAACCGCAAGUGUGCCGGACAUUUAGGCCACGCCACGGAUGCACAGUGGAAAAGCAAAGAAUGGCCAGAAUUUGUCUCCAGCUACGCCCCCUGGUGGGCGUCCCAUGCUCUCAGCUGGCUGAAGUUCGGACGGCGCCUGCUGGUGGUGCAUUACGAGGAGCUGCAGAGGGCCCUUCUCCCUCAGCUCCGUGUCAUCACAGCCUUCCUUAACGCCACCAUUACAGAGGAGCGGCUGCUUUGUGCCCAGAGCAACCAGGACGGCCAUUUCAAACGCCCGGGGGCCUUCUCCUUUGACCCGUUCACUCCCGACAUGAGACGGAUGAUCGACCCCUUAAUUCGUUCUGUUGACCAGGCUCUGCAUAGCAGGAACUUUAGUGGACUUCCACAGGAGUACCUUCCAAGAUGAUGAUGUGACAAGGUCGUGCUCUUAGUCUUUUGAAUGGCUGGUCCAGCCGAGGUUUAACGAGAGAGAAGUGACCAAGCGGCCCACCUGACCCUUUGAUACGGCAGACACAGCGUGAGCGGCUGCAGAGUCAUGGCAACGCUUUUGAGGUCACAGGAAACAUGACAAUCCAUCGUGAAAUGCAAUGGUGAACAGAGCUGAAAGCCUCGGGGCCGGGACGGCCUCUGUGAGAGCUGCACAUCCCACCAAUACUCAAACAGGAUUGGACACGAUUUGUUGCACUGCGGAUUGGGAUUAUUACUUCGAUUUUUUUGGCCAAGUGCCCAAUUGCACAAACAUGUAAAUCCUGGACAAACUCUUUAUAAUUUUACUUUAGUACAUCUAUUGUGUUUUUAACAUACACCUAAAAACACAUAAAAAGUCCUACUAACACAGGGGAGCAUUAGAAUGGUUUUGGGGAUGGAUUUGUCUCUGGCUGCUACAGAUUCUGAUUCUGAUCAUGAUGAACUCAUAAUGCAACAAGACAUGGACUCAGACAAAUGUUGUUGAACUGCUUUGGACUGUAAAGUUGUAUUUCAUUAAAACGCAUUCCGUUUGUCGA